GUUACUAGAACUGGAAAGUGAGGAAAUGUCGCGAAAAGAGGGCGAGAAAUAAAAAUUAUUACGAAAUUACCGUUCCUCAUAUGAUAAUAUUUUAUUUAAUGGAGCACUUCUGAAUGUCUCGUGCAACAUUUGAAAAAUACAUAUUAUAUUUGUAAAUUUGAUUACAAAACAUUGACUAUACAAAAACUGCCAUCAAUUUAAGAAUCUAUCCCAAAGUAACACACGAUUGUCACGAAAAGAUCAAGAUGAUGUCACUUUGAUUAAGAUUUCACGAAAUUUUUCGUCAAAAUUCAGUCAAGAUGACAUCAUCUUGACCUUCUUGUGACAAUCGUUUUACUUGGGAUAGAAUGAUACAUAUAUCGUUAUAUACAAAUAAAUAUAUAUUAUUUGGUGGUUGAAACUGUUGAAAAAAGUCAGUAUUCUUUUUGGCUACAAAAAAUAAAAAAAUAAGAUCAAAACAGAUGUCAAUGGUGAAAAGUUCCUAGAGUCAACAAAUCAGAUUUGAUCGUCGUUCGAAUUCAACACUUCCUGAAUAAAUUAAUAAUAAUCGUGAAAGCAUGGCAAUAUAAUAAGAUACAAGUAAUUCUACAAAAAAAAGAAGAUAUGCAGAAGUUUAUUUUACAAUUUUGACAAUUUGUUCCCUGGUGACGGUAAAAGAGAAGAUUCGAAGAGAUCUCGUGAUCCGGAACAUGAUUCCACGAUGAGUCUCUCUUGCUUAAUCAUCACGUACGAAAGGGGUACAGCUAUUAAAAACAGUUAUUGCAAUCCCAUCAGCUGACAAAAUAAUCGAAAGUCGAACUUGAUAUCGUUGAACAAUCUCGUGCUAUAGAAGUACCUACAGCCGCAAUAUCCCAAUGAAAUCUCGACACUGUUGCUUAGGUUAGCUUUGGAUUUCGAAAGCCGACCCCUGCAAGAUCGCGCCUGUCUCAUUAUUCACCUAAUUCUCGCAUGUCGCACAUCGUGACAAUCGGACCGCGUGUAACAUGACGAUUCUCUGGAAGAUACUGACUAAUCCCGGUGUCCUACGAAAACCGGGAUACUGCGGGGUCGGCGUGUCGCAGAAGUACCUGCUCGGCUCGUGCCUGACGAGGCAGGCCCACGUCCGAUUCUCGCGGAGGGGCCGCGUGUUCGUCGGGCUGCGACACCACACGACCAACGCCGUCCGGUCCGACGCGUCCGUGCCGGUGGUGCGCGCGAUCCGGGCGAAGGGACGCUCGGAGCUGAGGACCCUGAUCCUACUGGCCGCACCCGAGAAGUGGACCCUGAUGAAGGCCGUCGCCCUGCUGCUCGUGUCGUCCAGCGUAACGAUGGCGGUCCCGUUCUGCUUUGGCAAAGUGAUAGAUGUUGUCAAUACCGUGGAAAAGACGGACAUGAAAGAGAACCUCAAUCGGCUAACGCUUGCUCUGUUUGUAGUAUUUCUCAUAGGCGGCGUCAGCAACUUCGGCAGAGUUUACCUAAUGUCGACGGCGGGACACCGGAUCACGCAGUCCCUCAGGAAGCAGGCGUACGCCGCUAUCCUCCAGCAGGAGACGGCGAUGUUUGACAGAGAGAGUACGGGAGAGCUGGUCGGGAGACUGAGCGGAGAUACGCAACUUAUUAGCUCCGCUGUCACGUCCAACGUAUCAGACGGCCUGCGCUCCGCCAUCAUGGCCGUUGCAGGAGUGUCCAUGAUGUUCUACGUGUCGCCGUCGCUGGCUUUACUCGGCUUAGCUAUCGUGCCACCGGUCGCGUUUGUCGCCGUUAUUUGGGGACGCGUCUUGAAGAGAGUCUCCAAGGAUCUGCAGAGCAGCUUCGCGGUGGUAAACACGACCGCGGAGGAGAGAAUCAGCAAUAUAAGAACUGUCAAGGCGUUCGCGCAGGAGAGGCGCGAGAUCGACAGAUACAGCGCUAAGCUGCAGGACGUUCUCAAGCUGUGCUACAAGGAGAGUUUGUACAGGGGAAUGUUCUUCGGUUUGACCGGUCUCUCUGGAAACGCUGUUGCUCUCUCGGUCCUUUACAACGGAGUGUUUAUGGUAUCAACCGGCGAUAUAACGAUUGGAAGCUUAAGCGCCUUUCUACUGUACGCCGGCUACGUGGGCAUAUCCCUCAAUGGACUGUCGAAGGCGUACAGCGAGUUAAAUAAGGCUCUAGGCGCGAACGCUCGUCUGUUCGAGUUAAUCGACCGACAGCCGCUCAUUCCCAUUCAGGGCGGGCAAAUUUUAGGGAAGGAACUGUCGGGCGACGUGACGUUCCGGAACGUCUUCUUCGCGUAUCCGACGCGAGAAAAGAUGUCCGUGUUGAAGGGCUUCGAUUUAAACAUAGAGAGAUGUUCCGUGACGGCUAUCGUCGGCUCCUCGGGUUCCGGUAAAUCCACCGUGGCGUCACUUCUACUGAGACUGUACGACCCUACCAAAGGGUCGAUACUCUUGGAUAAUCACGAUCUCCGUCUGCUCGAUCCCAUGUGGGUGAAGUCCCAGAUCAGCAUUGUGUCCCAAGAACCAAUUCUCUUCAGCGGCUCGAUAAAGGACAACAUAUUGUACGGAAUGGAAUCUGCGACGGAUUCCGAUGUGGAGGUAGCCGCGAGACAGGCGCACGUGUGGCAGUUUGCGGAAAAAAUGACCGACGGAUUAGAUACAGUAGUCGGGGAGAGGGGUAUCGCCCUCAGUGGCGGACAACGUCAAAGAGUCGCCAUUGCCAGGGCACUAAUAAAGAAACCAAAAAUUCUAAUACUGGACGAAGCGACCAGUGCCUUAGAUGCAGAAAGUGAAUAUUUUGUUCAGGAGGCUUUGGAACGGGCUAUCCGCGGGAGGACGGUGAUAACGAUCGCCCACAGGCUUAGUACAAUAAAGAACGCCGAUAAGAUCGUGGUACUCGACGGAGGACAAGUGGCGGAAACCGGCACUUACACCGAGCUAAUGAAUCUUGAGCACGGCCUUUUCAAAAAAUUGGUGAAACAUCAAACGUUCGCAUAAAUGUACAGAAAUCGCUGAACAGCUGAAUACGUUAUAACACUCUGUUUAUGGUCUAUCAAUGUAUUAUAUGUAUAUACUACAUAUGUGUAUAAUUUAUUAACUUUUAAAUAUUCUAAAUUAAAAAAUCCAUACAAUAUUGGCGUAUUUCUUUGCGGGAAUAUAUCGAUAUCUGAUUGGAAUAAAAAAACAACAGAAGAGUGCAAUAUUAUAUCUAGUGUGCCGUAUGUUAUAGCUUUAUUGUUGAAUGUUAUAGAAAGACACGUGACAUAUCAUUCGCGAAAAUAGUUUUGCGUAGACGGCGAGGUAUAAUUAUUAUACAUUGUGACGGCGAUACAACACCCUCCGAUCGCUCUCAUACCUGUUAUUUUCCCAUUUCCUUUUAAAUAUUUUUUUAAUAAGGUAAUCAGGUACAUACACACUACGAAUAAAAGAUAGAGAAUUGACAAUCUCAUAUUUUAUAUAUUUUUUUAUAAAAUAAUAUACAGCUAUUUUUUUAGAUAUCCACAUUCGUAUAUUAUGUGUUAUUAAUCUAUAUUAAUUCUUAAAUUAAUAUCCCAUUCCUACAAUAUUCUAAUAACCGUUUUCAGUAGAACCGUAUCGAAUCCGCUCGAGAACAUUUUGUGCAAUUACAUAGAACUGUAAGCGAUUCGAUAUAAUGCUAACGGGACCUAAUUUGUGAAUUUUAAUAGCGUCAAUUUAUCGGUUUUUCAAUGGGCCGCUUUAAGGUUUUCGUUCAGAUUUAUUGUAAUUAUAUAUAUAUAUAUAUAUAGCUUGACUUUGAACCACAUUCUGUAUUUGCCAAGAACAUAGGAAACGGAAGGAACCAGAAUGCUAGUGUCUGAUCACAAAGAGCUGGCCGUAAGCUCACAGAACAUAGCUUGCUCUACUAGAGAGUCUUUUUCUCUUUUUAUUUCAUAUAUACCAAAUACGUGUAAAAAAAAAGAAAUUCGCCUACUAAUGAUAACAGAAAUCGUGAAAUAAAAUACUAAUUAUAAACAAUA